AUGGCUUGUAAAAGAUUCUUGGCAAGCGUACUUUGUUGGAUGGCGAUUUUCGCUUGUUUCAACCUGGUACAAUGCGAUCAGCUAGAAAAGCAAUGGAAAUUUGAUGCUAAUAACAAACUAAAUAUCCAUCUUGUCUCUCAUACUCACAACGAUGUUGGUUGGUUAAAAACACUUGAUCAAUACUACUACGGAGCCAAGGAUAAAGUCGCUCAUGCUGGUGUCCAGUAUAUCCUAGAUACAGUCGUACAAGAAUUGAUGGCUGAUCCAUCCAAGAAAUUCAUUUAUGUUGAAAUUGCUUUCUUUACCAGAUGGUGGCGUGAACAAGAUAAGAAAACGCGUGAAAAUGUCAAGAUGUUGGUCAAACAAGGUCGUCUAGAAUUUAUCAAUGGAGGCUGGUCCAUGAAUGAUGAAGCUGCCACGCAUUAUAAUGCAAUCAUUGAUCAAAUGACCCUAGGAUUAAAAUUUAUUCGAGAUACUUUUGGUGAUGCUGCACGACCUACAAUCGCUUGGCAUAUCGAUCCUUUCGGCCAUUCAGCUGCUCAGGCAUCUUUAUUUGCACAGAUGGGAUUUAAUGCAUUUUUCUUAGGUAGAAUCGAUCAUGAUGAUAAAAGUGCAAGAUUAUCCAAAAAAGAAAUGGAGAUGAUUUGGCGUGCAAGUCAAAGCUUGGGUAAAAAAACUCAAUUAUUUACCGGUGUCUUGUAUAAUCGGUAUAGCCCACCCCCUGGAUUCUGUUUCGAUCAAGGUUGUAAUGAUCCACCAAUACAGGAUGAUAAAAACCUAAGGGGAUACAAUGCUGAUGAAAGAGUAAAGACUUUCAUGGAAUUAGUGAUGAUGCAAGCUUCCGGCUAUCGAACCAACAACAUCAUGAUAACGAUGGGCAAUGAUUUUAACUAUGAAAAUGCGCGACAUUGGUUCAAAAAUCUUGACAAAUUAAUAAAACAUGUCAAAAAUACUCAUAAGAACGUCAAUAUCUUCUAUUCAACUCCUUCAGUAUAUCUCAAAGCUGUCCAUGCUGCCAAUCUAACAUGGCAAGUUAAAACCGACGAUUUUUUCCCAUAUUCUGAUUGUAAUCAUUGCUAUUGGACUGGAUAUUUUACCAGUAGACCAGGUUAUAAAGGCUAUGUUAGAGAUUCUAACAGCAUUCUACAGGUUUGCAAGCAACUAGAAGUCAUAUCAAAGUCGACGGGUAACUCAUCAUCUGAAGCACUUACUAGAGCUAUGGGAGUAGCACAGCAUCAUGAUUCUGUUACUGGUACUGCUAAACAAUUGGUUGAUUUUGACUAUGCAUCGAGAUUAGCGGAUGGUCGUAAGGAAUGUAAAAACGUUAUUAGUGAUGCCAUUGGCAACUUAGCCAAGAAAUCAAGUUCUAACAAGGCUGCUACUUAUGUCUAUUGUGAUUAUCGCAAUAUCAGUAUCUGCUCUAUAACUCAAAAAUCGAAAUCAUUUACGAUUAAUGUUUACAAUCCUAUAGCAAGAUCUAUGAGUAGUACUAUCUAUUUACCUAUUUCGGCAUCUCAUGUAACUGUUAUUGGACCUAACGGAAAGCCAAUUCACGCCCAGGUUAAUAAGAAUAUGCAUUACAAAUCACAAAUGCAAUAUCCCGGACAAGCUCCAUAUACCUUGGUCUUCGAGGCAACUUUACCCGCUCUUGGCUAUAGCGAAUUUUACGUAAAAACUAUCAAGUCUCCAUCAUUUUACAGUUCCGCCGAACUCGCGAAAACUAUUAAGUUUGAUCUGUCAAACAAAGAUAUUGUCAUGGAGAAUAAGUACCUAAAACUCACCUUCUCGAAUGCCACCGGACGUUUAAAAUCUAUUACGACUAAAAUUGGAAAACAAUCAAAGACUAUGGAUGUCGAUCAAGACUUUUUGUGGUAUAACGCAAGUAAAGGCAACGACGAGAGUAGUCAAGCAUCUGGCGCUUACAUAUUUCGACCUGCGGUAAUGGACCCAAUACCUAUUGCAUCCAGUGACAAAGUUGAAAUAACCCAGAUUACGAAAGGGUCAGUAAUCCAAGAAGUGCAUCAAAAAUUUUCUCCAUGGGUAACUCAGGUUGUCCGUUUACAAGAAAACUGGAAAUUUGCCGAAUUUGAAUACACCGUUGGCUCUAUCCCAAUUGGGGACCGAUUAGGUAAGGAGAUUAUCAGCAGAUUCACAAGUCAAAUCAAGAGUGCCGGAUUGUAUUAUACCGACGCAAAUGGAAGAGAAAUGCAAAAGAGAAAACGAAACUAUCGCCCUACUUGGAAAUUAAGAUCCACUGAGCCAGCCUCUCAAAAUUAUUAUCCAGUUAAUAGCAGAAUGUACAUAAAGGAUAAUUCUAUGCAGUUGACUGUUUUGACGGACAGGUCACAGGGUGGCGCAAGUUUGAAAGAUGGACAAAUGGAAUUAAUGGUUCAUAGAAGAUUACUUUAUGAUGAUGCACGUGGCGUAGGAGAGCCACUUAACGAAAAGGGUGUUACCGGUAAAGGUUUAAUCAUUCGAGGAGUUCACUAUCUUACGUUGGCCCCACCAUCAGACUCUGCUAAACUUCACCGAGAACAGGGAGAAGCGCUGCUAUUAAGGCCUUAUGUAUCUUUCUCAAAUUCCUAUAGCAGUUUACAAAGCUGGAUGAGCAAUUCUAACGCUCAGAUGUCAGCCAUUACGAAAGGUUUACCCGAAAAUGUCCACUUAUUAACAUUGCAAAGAUUUGAUAAUAAUAUACUAUUGCGGUUGGAACAUCAAUUUGCUGUUAAAGAAGACAGCAAAUUGUCUAAGCCAGUUACUGUGUCAUUAAAGAAUUUGUUCAAAUCUUUCAAUAUAACUAGUAUUUCUGAAGUGACUCUGUCAGCUAAUGCUGAAAUAGGCCAAGUAAAACCGCUUCAAUGGAAAACACAUGACACAAGUUCAGAUAAGCUAAAUUUGGAAAAAGUGAUAGCUGAAAAUCUAAACAUCGAUCUAAAAGCUAUGCAGAUUCGAACUUUCAAUGUCACCUUUACCCGCUAUAACUAA